GAGGAACUAAGUACCGUUUCAGCUCGUUCUUUGGCGGACACGAGGAGGAAUACAAGACGCCUCGAGACCAGUAUACCUGGUUCAAGGACUUCGCAAUGACCGUCAACGCUUGAUAUCUACAACAGCUUCUCAACAUCUACCUAUUGUCUACAUAUGCUUGCUAGUUACGCUUCCCCUGUUGUGUACUCUUGGUCGAAUUAGCCUUCUUGCAUUUUUUGACAUCUCAUGAGCAACAUGCUAAGAAUUUGCUCGAUCCUAUGUAAUUUAUUGCUAUCAGAAAUAUCGAGGGUGGGCGGGUGAGCUGAGUUCGAGACGAUGGCGCCAAAGCACACCUUCCACGUACUCUCACCCUCCCUCUGUGAAAAAACGCGUCGUGCUGAAGAACAGAAAGCGACUAGCCGAGGAUGUCUACACCUAUAGGCAACAAACCGCUGAAGAUUGCCUUCGUGCAUCCGGACUUGGGCAUAGGCGGUGCCGAACGCCUGGUUGUCGAUGCUGCUCUCGGUCUCCAGAAUCGAGGGCAUAAAGUAGAUAUAUACACGUCUCAUCACGAUCCGAAGCACUGCUUCGAGGAAACCAGUGACGGAACACUCAGUGUCCAUGCCAUAACCCCGCCUAUUCCUCGCUCCUACAAGGGGAAGCUCCACAUACUCUUUGCCACUGCGCGACAACUCCAUCUGGUGGCCCAUCUCCUGCGACCUGGAGCUCCGAAGUACGACGUGUACUUCGUCGACCAACUCUCGACAUGCGUCCCGCUUCUACGGGGCCUGGCCAGGACGCGCGUAGUUUUCUACUGUCACUUCCCCGACAAGCUUCUCGCGGAUGGAGCUUAUGUUGAAGGGCAAACUCGGAGAGGUGGGCUUCUGAAGAGAAUGUACCGCUUCCCGGUGGACAAACUAGAGGAGAUCACGACUCGCAAUGCGGACGUGAUCCUGGCAAAUUCCAAGUUUACUGCACGGGUAUUCGAGACCCACUUUCCCACGAUAGGCUCGACUCCUGCCGUUGUAUACCCCGGUAUUAACCUCGCUGCUUACGACAACGUGGUUACGGAUGGCUCAGAUGCAGACGUAGCUCAAGUACGGUCAGAUCGGCCUACCCUUUUGUCGCUGAACCGUUUCGAAGCUAAGAAGAACGUACCCCUCGCAAUUGACUCUUUUGCAGCACUGCGGAAGAAGCUGAACUCGGGAUCUAAACUAGCUAACCUUCGCCUGGUUAUUGCGGGCGGAUACGAUCCUCGUUUGGAAGACAACAUGAUGACACUCGUCAAGCUUAUCGACCGAGCUAAGGCGCACUCAUUGACAUACAACGUCAUCACACCCAAAUCGUCGUCUACGAAUGUCCCGCCAUUCAACACCACGCAGGAGGAUCCCACAGUCUUGUUCUUACUCAACUUCACUACUGCUCAACGGUCUGCUCUUCUGAGGUCAGCAUCGACUCUGGCUCUUCUGUACACCCCCGCCAACGAGCACUUCGGCAUCGGCCCUGUCGAGGCUAUGUACUGCGGCUUACCGGUGCUGGCUUGCAACAGUGGUGGCCCAACCGAGAGUGUCCUUGACAAGGAGGGCGAACGCACGGGCUGGCUGCGCGAGCCUGACACUGAUGUCUGGGCGGACACACUCACUGAAAUCGUCAACCUGCCCGUUGAGGAGCGCCAGGCACUCGCUGAGCGGGCGAAGCGUCGAGCCAUCGAGAACUUUAGUAUGGACGCAAUGGCGUGCGGUAUUGAAGAUGCUCUACAGACAGCGACAGCCCUCGGGCCAGUUCGGCGGUCGAGCGCUAUCUGGACUCUGUUCUUCGCUCUGUUGUGGGCUUGGGUCGCGCGAGCGUUCAUAGGUCGAUAGACGGAUAUAUACGUAUUGGAACUGGAAUGAUUUAUGCGGACUAUGCCUAAUUACAGUGGUGGAUGGUACAGUGAACUUGUGUCUGAGAAAUCGCGAGAUAAUGGUACAGUACCUACGGGUCGCAUACAGCGGGAAGCAUGAUUUCUACAACAGAUUAAAGCAAAGGGAUGGAGGAAGAUAGCAAUGAGACAAGUACUAACUACAUAGCAGAUAAAUCACGUAUCAAGAUGGGAAAGGGACACCGAAUCAUCCAAAAGCAGGUAUAAUCCGAUAGCGAACCCUGAGACAGCGAGUAUAUGCUAUUCAACUGUCCCCAUCCGAGUCUGACGUUGUGGUAUUCUGCUCAGACCGAGAGUUACGAGAUGGCGCUCGUGAAGUCACCCUCGACGUCGUCCUGGACGUCCCCCUUGACCGCGCCCUACGCGCAGCCCGCUCUUCGUCCUGGCGGGCCAAUUCCUCCCGAGCCUGGUGCUCACGAAUCUCCGCCUCGGUCAUAGGAUAUCGCUGCAGGCACUUGAGCUCGAACACUGCCGGCAGCUCUGCCCCACAUGCGAGUUCCUGCACGAGGCCGUCGCUCGGUUCGACGAUGCCGCCGAACAUGGUCUGAAGUCCGAGCCAGUCGCAGCGAAGGAGAGUGUUGAACAUGCGUCCGCCGGGGACGCCGUGCGCGGUUGAGCGGUUGUGCCAGUACGCCUGCCCAACGAGCCGUCGGUGCGACGCUGGUGCAUUCUCGAGCUGCUGCUGCGUGACGCGGCCGUACAUGAAUUCGUGGAUGCACUCGAUCACGUCGCCGCAGGUCACGCCGAGCUCUUCAUCCGAGGCCUUCACCUGCAGCUCCCAGGGAACACAGCGGCUAAAGACGCGCAGAGACUUGACCCGCGGCCAAGUCGCCGGCUGGUGGCGGCCGUCUGCCCAGGAGCGGUGCCCGGGGUCACUGGAGCGUUGGCACUGAGCCGUCGGGAAGAGCAUGUUCCACUUCAAGUACGGUCUCUCAUCAUGAUUGUCUGGCGGCGAAGCGAGCAAAGGGUUCAGUUCGAGGUUGGCUUUGACUAUCUUUACCAAGAACGCGUCCAGCACGGGCCCAUCUGCGGAAGUUCGUCAACCACGACACGAUACACGAAAAGGAGUGGGCAUACAGGAAGGAUCCUCAGACCACUUAUCAAACUUGUCAAGCCCAUCCGCCGAACCUCGUGACGGCCUGUGGGCAGGUUGCGAUGAGCCUGUAGCCGCUGCGGGGACGCCUCCUGCUGCAGGAGGUGGCCCGAAUCCAGGUGGAGCUCCAGGCGCAUGGAAUGGCGUAGCUCCCGGCCAAGCUGUGCCAGGAAAUGCACUCGGUUGUGCAAAAGGGGUCGCAUAGGGCGGUUGCGCGCCCCACGCAGCGAAUGGUGGGAAGCCCAUCUGAGGGGGGGCUGAGAACCCUGCCAUGGGAUGCAUAGCCGGGGUAGCGCCGGGCAUCGCUCCUGGGGCGGCCCAGGGCGUGCCGUGCGCGGAGGCAGGUGCAGAUCCAGGAGCAGAGCGGGGCGAUGCGUUCGCGAAUACUGGAUACCCUGUCCAGUCCGUUGAGAACCCAUCUGGCCUCAUCGAGGGCAUCGAGGGCGAGACUGCAGCCAUACCAGGGUGCAUCCCGGGAGGAAGCGCGACAGUAGGCAUGAAAUACGAUCCUGGCGGCAUACCGGGCAUUGCACCUGGGACAGUGAGGAAGGGCAUUUGUUGGGUUCCGGCGAAGGGUGUCGAUGUCGGAUAGGCUGCGGCAUAGUUGGGGCCUGCAGCUUGUUGAGACCGCAUCCAGUCAGGCAUCCUUGGAGUAGACUCGGGGGGAAAGGUGGGCACCACAGGCGGUGAAACCGGUGGUGACCGACCUUCAGGAGUUGGAGGUUCUGGGAUAACAGGCGUGAAGUGCAUGACGAGUAGUCUUUUAAGUGCGCGUCUAGGCCAACAGCAGCUUGUUCGGCAAAGAUAUUGUCUGUCACGAAGACAU